AUGGAUCCAUCCACGCAACUAGUCCAGGCCAACAUCACGGAGAAAGCAGAAUCCAUCCACGACUCUGCACGCGGAUCGCCGGAGCCUCUCGAUGCUUUCCAUAAACUCGUCGAAGAUAUCAACUGCAUCCUCGGGCCGAGCAAUGGCAUCGACAGCGACAACGUCGACGUCGAAGAGCUCAAGAAAUUGAUGCUGGCCUACCAGUCCAACGAGCAGGAUUGGUCCAAGUAUGCUUUCGGGGACAGUAGUCGAGCAUACACCCGGAACCUCGUCGAUCGAGGGAAUGGGAAGAGCAACCUGGUGAGUAGAAUAGUAGCACGCAAGAUCGGGAACAGCACCCCUCGUAGAAGAGACUUCCUUGUGGUGCCGGCUGGCUGGUCUUGGUCGUUGCAGUGCCUGACGCACGUUUUGGAUCUUCCUGUCUUCUGGCCCAACCCCUUCACCAAGUCGCGGGAGUGGUGCUAGACGACAUACAUUGCUGACAGCCUCGGCAGCUGAUUCUUGUCUGGACGCCCGGGAAAGCCUCACCAAUCCACGACCAUGCCAAUGCCCAUUGCGUCAUGAAGAUACUGAAAGGCUCAUUGACUGAAACAAUCUACGGCUGGCCCUGUCAACACGCCGAUAACCCAGCCGAUUGUGCCACGGCUCCAGACUCACCCUACCCGAGCACCAAGCAUACUUGCCAGGCGCCAAGCUCUCCAACGGGAUCAUCGGAGUUGAAUGUGAGAAAGGAAACGACGUACGCGGAGGAACAGGUCACUUACAUGAGCGAUCGUCUCGGUUUGCAUCGCAUCCGCAAUCCCAGUGAGGAUGACUUCGCAGUCAGCCUACAUCUGUACACGGUAAGCAAUACGAGCAACAAUCUCCCGAAUUUCCAUUCUCCCCCAUCGAAGGAAGAUAUGUCUAAUGUGUGAUGCUCGAUGGACUGACAAUUCUUGCAGCCGCCGAAUGCUGCCAAGCAUGGAUGCAACAUCUUCGAUCAGAAGACGGGCAAGUCGUCAAAAGUCCAGCAAUGUCACUUCUACUCAGAGCUCGGCAUCAAGAUGGAUUGA